AACGCAUUUGUCCUGAACACAUACACACACAAAGCGAGUACGAUUUGUUCCUUCUUCCGUCACAGGUAGAUAUAACCGCAAUCUCACGCCACGCUUCUACUACAAACCCUUUCUAAAACUCAACUAAGCAUGAGAUUCAAAUAACCGUCUUCUUGUUAUCAUCACACCUUUCAACAAUGGCAUUGGUAGCUGCCGAACAAAUCUUCAUCACCAUCAUCAUCACCACCGUUGUUGCACUUUCAUCGUCUUUCAGCUCAGCAACACCUACCACUGCUUGUCAAUUCAAUUUUCGCGACGGAAACAAGCUUUACAAUUACACUCUCUCUUCUCCUAUUCCUAACUUCCCUCAUGGCAUUCUCAGCGAAGACGGGUUUUACAAAGUUUCAGUGAACCAGACCACUCUUUGGUUUCAGCUUUGCGAUGGAAUGAUUUUCAAUCACGACCCUCCAAAAUGUGCUGACUGCUGGGACUGUGGAGGGCCAACACGUUGUGGGAUGGAGUGCAGUGCACUCGUGGCAAAUAAAAUUGGAGGUUAUCAUGUAUGCGCAACCAUAGGAAGUGACCCAAAUAUUGACAUUGAUGUUAUUGAUAAGAAAAAUCCCCACAUUGGUGUCAUUGUUAAAAUGUCAAGCGGCGGCGUCAAGUACAACUGCUCUCUGGCUGUGUCUGUGCUUUGCGAUUUAAAUGGAGUACAAGCACCACAAACACUGGAGAGAUCAGGGGAUUGUAAUUAUGCUACAGAGCUAAAGCAUCCAUCUGGUUGUGCUAUGAUUGUAAAUGUCCACGGGAGUGGAUGGGGGUGGUUUGGCACUUUGCUUAUUAUUCUUCUAUGCCUUUUUGCUGUGUAUCUACUGGCUGGUGUAGUUUAUCGAUAUUUCUUCCUCAAGAUUCGCGGUAUAGAAGUCAUCCCUAACUUGGACUUCUGGAUCAGCUUGCCUAGGAGAACACAGAGCAUGUGCUCAUCUUUGGUUAGAAAGUUUAAGGGGCCGCCGUCUGAAGGUCACCGGAGCACCUAUUCUGCUGUAAACUUCUGAGAUUACAUUUUUUAUUCUGGAUGUAUGUGGUGAAUUCAUUUUGGAUUAUCUCACAAGUGAUGAUGAGCAUGCUGCAGAAAACUGCAUUUCAGAUACCCUACCGGUCAGCUCUGAUGCUUCCUUGAUAUGAAACAUUCUGCAGAAAUUUGUAAUUCUUGUUGACUCUCCUUCCAUGAAUUAAGUAGUUGACAUUCUUUUAUCUAUCUCUCUGAAAGAAAAUGAGGAGGGUGAGGAAGAGAAAGAAACAUAUAAAACAAGAAAGUCUAGUAUGAUAUUCAUGGGAAAAAUGCAUAUACUGGAGCUAAUCCAAUAAUUUUGGUUGACAUCUGUUAGUUGAUAAUCAGGUAGUUGAGUGAACUUGUUUUCUUGUAACUUGUUUGUUACCUUGACCAUUAAUUCAUUAUUGUUUUCCAUUUUCUCCA